UUAUUUUUCCUACUACGGUGAGCACAUUGUUCAAAUUGCAACGCCCGCAAAACGUAAAUGGGAAUAACAAACCCUGUGCGUCAUUUUAACAAACAUCUUGCCAACCAAGUACUGGUGUUGGUAAUCAAAGACCUUCCAUUAGAUGCGCACCCACCAUCACCAUCACCGUCACCGUCAGCUACGCCAUGGACAGAUGACGCUGUCACGGAAGUUCUCCGCUCCAUCUCCCGCUACACCCUCCAAUCACCUCGCUCCAUUGGUCGCCAGAGCGGCUUCCGCCACCGCACCCCGCUGCGGCAGCGCAACCUCAACCUAGAACACAACAAGCUCUGCAACAACACCCUCGUCUUAGGUCCCGCCGCCCACCUAGACCCCUACAAGGUCUACCUCGGGCCCCUAAAAGCCCUCGAGUUCUUCCACUGGGUCGAAGCCCGCUUCGCCUUUGCCCACUCCGAAGCCACGUGCCGCGAGCUGGCAUGCCUACUUGCCCGCGCCAGCACAACCAAGCCCCUCUGGAAUUUCCUCAAACAAUGCCCCUACGUGACCACCGCCACUGUCACGUGCGUCAUCAAACUCCUCGGAGAACAAGGCCUCGCCGACGAAGCCUUGCUCACCUUCCACCGAAUGAAACAGUUCCGCUGCAAACCCGAUACCCAUUCCUACAACGCGCUGAUCCACGCGCUAUGCUGCGUGGGGAACUUCACCAAGGCGCGUUUCCUUCUCCAGCAAAUGGAGCUUCCCGGUUUCUGGUGCCCGCCAGACACCUUCACUUACACGAUUCUCAUAAGCUCUUAUUGCCGCUACGGCAGGCUCACCGGCUGCAGGAAGGCCACGCGCAGGCGGAUUUACGAGGCCGGGCGUCUCUUCCGGUGGAUGCUUUUCAGAGGGUUGGUUCCCGAUGUUGUGACUUACAAUGCCCUAAUUGAUGGGUGCUGUAAGACUUUGCGCGUGGAGAGGGCUUUGGAGUUGUUCGAUGAUAUGAAGACAAGGGGUGUUGUUCCGAACCGUGUUACUUAUGGGUCUUUCAUAAGGUACUAUAGUGCUGUGAAUGAGAUUGAUAAGGGUGUUGAGAUGUUGAGGCAGAUGCAGAGGUUGCGGCAUGGAGUUCCCAGUUCGAGUUCAUAUACUCCCAUCAUUCACGCGCUUUGUGAAGCUGGGAGGGUUGUUGAGGCUUGGGGGUUUCUUGUUGAGUUGGUUGAUGGCGGAUCCGUGCCCAGAGAGUAUACUUAUGGGUUGGUUUGUGAUGCGCUUCGCGCUGCCGGGGAGGGUGGCUUGUUAUUGGAGGAGGAUGGGGUGCACAAGAGAAUAAAGGAUGGCAUAUGGAAUAGGUAUAGGCAAAUGAUGAAGGUGAAACCUGUUAUGGCUCGCAAGGGCUAUCCAGAGAUGGAGGAACCAGUUUGAGUUUGAAUGCACAAAUCUAAUGUUGGGUUGAAUUUCUAUUUGAAUUUGGGUCGUGCUGCUUGUGAAGUCAAUCCGGAAUGUGGUUAUCUUGAAAUGAUUGUUAUUGAUUCUUCUGAUGCAGCAGUUUUCAACAUUCUCCAAUGGAGUGAUGCAUACGUAACUGACAGAGUAAAAAUGAUAAGCGUUGUACUGAUGGGAGCUACUUAUUAAGUUGAUCUCCUGACUGACUACUCAAAAAAGAUUGUUGACUCCAUAAUGCCUUUAGAUAACUGGAAAUAGAAGGCUGUAUCGUCAAAAUAAGAUUCUUAGAUCCUGUGCAGAGGGAUUGGAGACUAUGUUUUCUCUAAUGAUCGGUACCUUCGUUUUCGGCAUGUUUUAGAAGAUGGUCACAAAUUUGAAGCUCUGUAAACUUAUUUGCUGAAGUUGAUACGCAGUUGAUACAAUGCCGAAGUAAGAGGGAUUGAAGCUCUGUAAACUUAUGAUUUUUAGCUUGCUUAUUUGGCACAAGUUGGGGCUAAUCAUAUGUUGCGACUAGUGUCAUGUGAAGAGAAGGUUAUAAUACCCCUGAAUAUGCCACUAGUGGAAAAUUAACGACGAGACUUGAUAUUUACUUUUGUGGGAUAGUGCUCUAAUGUAAUUUUUUAUACAUGAAGAAUAGUAUUUUCAUUACUGUAGAGGAUCGUUCCCAUUCAUUACGACCUGGGAUGGUCGCAGGUUUUCUGAUAGAUUCCCCUUCAAUUCGUUUUACA